AUGGCACAUGUUCAUAUUAUUCGAUUACAAUUUCAAUCUCUCCGACUUCCAUCUCCCUCUUUCUUCACUACUCUCCCACCGCUUCCACCUAAGAGCCUCUUCUCUCUGCCACCGCAAUCUCAUUUCAAAUCCAGAAAACAAUUGCUUCCUUUCAAAGUAUGUGUAGCUGUUGGAGAAAAUGCUGAGGAUAGACUAGUUAUUUUUGAAAUUUAUGGGACUUGGUGUGCUUCUUACCGAGCGUUAUUCCCUAAGCUAUGCAGAACAGCUGAAGAAAACCCUGAAAUUGUUCUUUCUGAAAAGGGGCUGAGGGGCAGCUGGAAUCUUUUUCAUGUUCGCUUGACAAGUUUCAAAAAAAUAAAGGAUGCCAUCGUGACACAUAACACAGCUCGAUGCAGCAUCGGUCCUCCCAAGGGAAUCGGUGAUUUGGUUCUUGAAUCGUCCUCCGCUCCCAAGGAUAAACCAGCAGAAUCUGUUUGA